CCCGCCCAACUUCUGUGCAGCCUCGCUUUUUUUAGUAUAUGGUAGAUUCGUAUCAUUGAUCAGUCAUAUAUCGACAUGAUGUCGAUUGUUUUGGAUCAUGCAAAUGUCUCAGAGGUGCCAUCAGAGACCUCUGCCGCAACUCUAAGUGCAGAAAAUAUUUUUGCCAGACAGAGUCAUGCAUCAGCCAAGCCGCAAGAUCCACAAUUGAAUGCUGAUAACCAGAUAUCAGAGGAUGCUUCUGUACCAUUGGAUAUUGAAGUUAGCAGGGUGCCAGUCAUUGCCAAGGAAACCUCUACUCGACAUAGACCAGCUGCUAAAGCCGCGUCGCUUUGGUGUUCCAAAAAAGGACGUAGUCAUGCAAAUCUUUAUGACUGGGAGAUUAUGGAAUGCCCUUCAUGCGGCCAGAAUCUUCGACCACCUGGUGAGGUGGGAAACUCUCAGCAGGGAGGGCGUACAAAAGACUCUGGCUCUACAGAAACGUCACUUAGCAGGAGUUCGGACACAACUUCUGCAUCAUCAACUUCAGGCGAUUCUGAGUCCGAAUCGAAUGUGCAUGUAGCAAGUGACCGGCCAUACGGUGUUGACAUUUUCAUUCCUACAAUCAAAUCAUCAGACCAGGCUAAGAAGACUGCCGCAGGACAGGUGGUGGCACCACCUGAUAUCAUUUAUCAGAUCAGAUUUCUAUAUGAAAAUGGACACGAGCUUGGAAAUCGGCCAUACCAUGAGCUUCUUGACCUACAGGAGGAGAAAAAAGCUGUUGUCAAAAUUUCAGACCCAAUACUCGAAAUCGUUUCGAUCGUGCGAACAAAUAUUAGAUGGUUACCAAGUUAUGAUGGUAAUCGAGAGGCUACUAUCAUGGCUGAUGGCAUCCUCAGAAACCCCAGAUACGACAGUGAACUACUCUCUCACAAUAUCAGAAUACGAUCUCGUCGCAUCAUUGAUGUACUGAAGAGAAUCGUGACGUACUAUCCCGGACUUCGUUUGACAAGAGAUGUGGUGACAUUCAAAGAGCCAUAUUGUGUCGCAUUCCACCAUAUGGCCGAUAUCAAAGCAUUAUCAGAAGGUGAAGGGUUUGCCUCCGGCGCCGUAUCUGAGGUCGAUAAAGAGACCCAACAUCACCUCAAAGUCUUCCGGGAGGCAGUUACACGUAACUACAAUCAAGUUGUAGAGGAAGAAACUAGGAGGCACGCCAGUGUCCCUGCAUCAGCUACAUUCAAGUUGCUGUGGUUGAUCUUCAAGCCAGGCGUGACAGUCUACACGAUGAUGGACGAGGGUCUUCAAGCUUGUGUUGUGAAGUCGGUGACAUUCGAGUCCCAUACCGUUGCCAAGCUGUCCAGUCCCUAUAGCUUACAGCUAUGGUAUUUGGACUUCGAUGGCCGUAGACUGGGUAGACGCGAGUGCUCCCGCUUCAUUUCACCAUUUGAUGGAGAAAGGGAUAUCACAUCUCUCAGUGUCUUCCCAGCACAUUUUCUUGAUAGGACAGAUGGAGGUGCAACCCGUACAAUACUUGAGAACAGAGGAGAGAAAUUCUUCCGCUACCUUCGUGGCGCUCAGGUCCAAUACAAAGGGGAAACACUCGGCUCAGAAUCUCAUUGGUAUGAAGGGCGGGCUAUUAUUGAUAUUAGCUCGUAUUUCACUUAUGGCAUAACUCAAAACUUCGACCAUGCCCUCAUCUUUGACAGACCGGCGAUUGGGGAGAUGCGAGACUGGCCGGACGGAAAUAGGAACGUUGAUGACAAUGAUGACGAUUUCUUCACGUUUCGCCCACCAGGCGCACCAGCCCGACCUGGACGUGGACCUGGACCUGGCACUACCCUUAGGACCCGGCGCCCUGGUGCGAGUAUGCCUCCAGUUCCGCCCACAACAGCUCAGAUACCCAGUUAUCUACCCGCUCAGGAUCCCGAUUCCGAAUAUGACGUUACUAAGUCAUACAAUGCUGGUUUUCCGUGGCGUGAAUACGAGGAUAUAAAUCCCAAGAAAACCCACAGCUUAGAAAUCGUCGAUGCUGUGACAGGGCAGAAGAAUCGCCAUAGAUACUUGCUUUGCCCUAGGAAGGUGAUAGGAUUCACAUUGAAAUCUCGGAUCUGGGAGCAGCUAGAUAUAGAUUGCUGUCAAGAGCCCAGGCAUAAUCCACAAGCAGUUGAUGCAUUGGUCAUGCCGGAUGAGCGUAAGCUUAUGAUAAAGGCGUUAGUAUACCAAUACAGCGACAGAGACCAAAGCAAUGACGAUGCAUCUGGACCUUGGGCUGCUGAUUUUAUUGAGCAUAAAGGUACUGGACAAAUAUUCCUGCUACAUGGAAGUCCCGGGGUUGGGAAAACUUACACCGCAGAGUGUAUUGCUGAAUCCACCGGCCGACCUCUGUUAUCACUCACUAUUGGCGACCUUGGAACACAUGUGCCCCAGCUGGAAUCGAAGUUAUAUAAGUUGUUCCGCCUCGGUGAAAUAUGGGGCGCAGUGAUACUCUUAGACGAGGCAGAUGUGUUUCUCGAACGCAGGGCGACAUCCGAUCUACACAGAAACAGUCUAGUAUCAGUCUUCCUGAGAACCAUGGAGUACUAUCGUGGGAUUUUGUUUCUCACCACUAACCGAGUGGGACACUUUGAUGACGCCUUCGUUUCUCGAAUUCAUGUUGUCCUGCACUAUGAGAGCUUCUCUGCUACAGACAGAGAGAGGAUUUGGACUCAAUUCUUCGAAAAGCUGAAAAGGGAACGCGGCAAGUUUGUCGAUAUUUCCAGAGCAGCCAAGAAAUAUGUGCUCAAAGAUCCUGAGAUGACAAGUAUCCCCUGGAAUGGGAGAGAGAUCCGCAACACUUUCCAAACUGCUGUUGCCCUCGCUGAAUUUCGCUUUACCCAACUCUCCGACAAGGAGGAGGGCGACAAGGCUUGCCUCGAACGGGAGGACUUUGAGAAAGUUUGCGAGAUGACCGGUGCAUUCAAGAAAUAUCUGCAAUCCGUUUCGGGUUUCGACGAAGCGCAGAGAGCUCGGAAUGACUUGGCUCGCAAUGACCAGUUCGCUGAUCCAUGAUUGGAUUGGAUAGCACAUCUGGAGGCCAAGGACUUCCCAAACAAUAAAUGAAUGAGGCAACGAUUCACAAAGCUUGUAGCUUAUCUGUUGCAUACUGUCAAUACAACGUAUAAGAAUGA